AUGUCUAACGAAAAUCGGCCAGCCCCUUUGAGGGACAGAUUACCAUCCCGGAUCGAUCUUUUUGAAGAUAACUUGAAAUUGGACAUACGGGCCCAUCAGAGGACGUAUGAAGGGGCAUAUACAAGGACAGCAAUUGGUUGUUUUUCCUUUUCAAUUUUGAUAAUCAAACUCUUUUCGAAGGAGUUUUUACCAAUAGGAACAAUGUAUACGGUGUAUGGGUGCAUACUUUACUUUAUUGGAGUCUACAAGUCACUGCACGUUGAUGUGUUUUACAAUCCAGAAAAAGAUAUGGAAAUGUACAAGACAGGGGGCGAUUAUGUAUUGGUUUUAUCAAUUGUUAGUCUAUGUUGCUACAUUGCAUUAUUGGUGCUCAUUUUGAAGAUGUAA